CACACGCCAGCGCCCCAGCUCUCCAACUUAGCUUAGCUUAUUAGCGCGCGCUUCCAAACCCGAAUCUUGACCAAAAGAUCGCAAAAUCAAACACAAUCGCGAGUGCCAAACGUACAAAUCAAACAUGACCGCCAUCAGCAGUGCCAGCAGUGUAUCCUUUGAGGUCGCAUCCUUGGAGCGACUGCAACAGCAGCAGCAGACUGCUCCAGCGCAAAACGCGUCCUGCAGGCAGCAGCAGCACACCAACAACAACAACAGCAGCAUCGCCGUGUCCGCCAGUUUUGGUCGCAUCUCUCCCUUCAGGUGCUGGCUCCUGGGCAUCCUGCUGCUGCUCACCAUCACCACCAGUUGGCCCACGGGAACAUUUGCGGCACCGCGACGCGCUCGAGGACUGCACCUGAUCCUGCCGCAUCGCAACCACCACCACCGACAGCUGCAUCACCACCAGCACACCAGGUCGAUCGAGACCACCAUCGUGACCCUGAAAACCAAUCAGACUGAGGGCAGGGAUACGUGCACGGCCAUCAAGAUGACACCCAACAUCGCACACCUGCAAGUGGCGCACGAGGUGGCCAAGAAUACGCGGGAGGCGGUCCUCUGCCUGACCAAAGAAUGGCUAAAGGACCUGGGCCAAAACCUUUCCCAGGACAUUAAGGCGUACUCGAAGCACACCCUGGCCGUGAGGCAUCCACUCGACGAGGAGGUGAAGAACGUCAAGUUCCAGGACGAGCUGGGUGACUUCGUGUACGAGGGCAAGGUGGGCACGCUGGAGGAGGAGAUGCCGGCGAUUAUCGAGUCGCUGAUGGUGCUGGAGCAUCUGUACGAGACCAUUGAGUUCAAUCACAAGUCGUGGAACUGCUUCUUCAACAACUUUGUGCACUUCUUCCAUCACAACAUGCACGAGGCUCUCAAGGUCGCCGGCCUCAAUGAUGCCUGCAAUCCCAGGAACUCCGCGUACAAUAAGGCAUACAUUUGGCCAGAGUUUGGCGCCGCCGUGGAGACCAUCAAGGUGCUGACCAUCAUCGAGCACAAGUACGAGCAGCUGAUCAAGCAGAAUCUGUAAUCUCUGAGAGCUGAAUGCUCCUGGGGAGCAGAAGAAGCCAAAAAUACCAAAAACAAUCAAUGACCCACUGCAAUCUCAAGCUAACAGGCUAUGCCCACGUGUAUCCAGAUUCGUAUUCAUCAUCAUACACCUUAGAUCCUAUUAUUUAUUAUACCCUAUUAUAACUUCUUAAAUCCCCACCUCAUACGUAUUUAUAUCGCCUUCGCAUCCUAUUUAUAUACAUAUAUCAAUCACCAUACUCACUGAACACACAUUCACCGCCUCGCAGGCUCGAUAACUUAUGAAAACUAUUACUUAAGUGUAUUUUUUUUUACAUAUAUAUAUAUAUAUUUAUACUAUGACUAUUAAUAAAUU